CUUACCAGCGCUACGGCAUUAAUCUCAUAGGACUCAGUCUCGGACACCGGUUCAAGACCCAACAGCAAGAUGGCCCUCACCAUGUCCGCCAAGUCCGUGAGCGCCCGCGCCCAGGUGUCCAGCAAGGCCCAGGCCGCGCCCGCCGUGGCCGUGUCUGGCCGCACCUCGUCCCGCGUGAUGCCCGCCCCCGCGCUGGCUGCCCGCUCAUCGGUCGCCCGCACUCCCCUGGUCGUCUGCGCCGCGACCGCCACCGCCCCCUCCCCCUCUCUGGCUGACAAGUUCAAGCCCAACGCGAUCGCGCGCGUGCCCGCCACCCAGCAGAAGCAGACCGCCAUCAUCACCGGCGCCAGCUCGGGCCUGGGCCUGAACGCCGCCAAGGCCCUGGCCGCCACCGGCGAGUGGCACGUGGUCAUGGCCUGCCGUGACUUCCUCAAGGCCGAGCAGGCUGCCAAGAAGGUCGGCAUGCCCGCCGGCUCCUACUCAAUCCUGCACCUGGACCUGUCCUCCCUGGAGUCGGUGCGCCAGUUCGUGCAGAACUUCAAGGCCUCCGGCCGCCGCCUGGAUGCGCUGGUGUGCAACGCUGCCGUGUACCUGCCCACCGCCAAGGAGCCCCGCUUCACCGCCGACGGCUUCGAGCUGUCGGUGGGCACCAACCACCUGGGCCACUUCCUGCUGACCAACCUGCUGCUGGAUGACCUGAAGAACGCCCCCAACAAGCAGCCCCGCUGCAUCAUCGUCGGCUCCAUCACCGGCAACACCAACACCCUGGCCGGCAACGUGCCGCCCAAGGCCAACCUGGGCGACCUGUCGGGCCUCGCCGCCGGCGUGCCCGCCGCCAACCCCAUGAUGGAUGGCCAGGAGUUCAACGGCGCCAAGGCCUACAAGGACUCCAAGGUGGCGUGCAUGAUGACCGUGCGCCAGAUGCACCAGCGCUUCCACGACGCCACCGGCAUCACCUUCGCCUCGCUGUACCCCGGCUGCAUUGCCGAGACCGGCCUGUUCCGCGAGCACGUGCCGCUGUUCAAGACCCUGUUCCCGCCCUUCCAGAAGUACAUCACCAAGGGCUACGUGUCGGAGGAGGAGGCCGGCCGCCGCCUGGCAGCGGUCAUCUCUGACCCCAAGCUGAACAAGUCGGGCGCCUACUGGUCGUGGUCUUCCACCACUGGCUCGUUCGACAACCAGGUGUCUGAGGAGGUGGCCGAUGACUCCAAGGCCUCCAAGCUGUGGGACAUCUCUGCCAAGCUGGUGGGCCUGAGCGCGUAAGCAACUGCUCGGCCGUCCGGUUUGGUCUGGAGUUUGACAAAGGCUACCUGCGGUUCGUCUCUGCGCCGCGGUGCUUGGCCUACCCGACCAGUAGUGGGCUGGAGGCCCCGUGCGAUCCAGGAGUGGAGGCCUUGGAGCGCGCAUGUUGCCGUGUGCGUGACAGGAGCCGGCGCAGCGCUGGGUUGCAGGUGUGUGUGUGUGUGCAGGGGCGGACCCGGGGCAGUUCUAGCAUGCGGGCCCAUGCGGCUGGCUGUUGUUGCUGUUGGCCGGGGCCCAAUCCUGGGGGGAAAUCGAUGCGGCGCGGCGCGCCCAGGUAUUGCGGCGGUGCAUUGCAGCGUGUUUGAUUACAGACCGCUAGGCAGCGGGUUCAAAUUGUACUGGCGUAAGUGAGUUGGUUUGUCUGAUAGCGUGUGUGUAGGUUUGUAUGGACAACACUGAGCGUGUGCGUCGUUCCCCGCGGAGAGACUGCAUAUACGGGGCCUGUGUGCCGCUAUACACACAUCAGAGACUAUGUCACGCGUGAUACGGAGGUGGCGCUGCGGAGUGUUGAGUUGAUAUUCGCAUAUGUUCUGUACUACGGAGCUUGUGGCUUGGGAACUAGGGUGUUGCGGCUUGCGUGCGUCUGCAGCGGACGCCGGUGCGUCAAGGCAGCCGUGCGCGCGUUGCCACGCCCGUCCCUUGCCGCAGGCCCGCUUACCAAACUGUUUCGGCCCUGCAUUGGGCGGGUGUGGAGCGCCUAGCAUCUGGCAAAACUCGUGUGCAGUGUAGCGGGUGCUCGAGAGGUCUCACGCACUUCAAUAAUCUUAUGCUGCUGUAUGUAGCAUGCGCGGGUAACAAUGAUGGAUCUUAUAUUUUUUUCAAGUGGCCCUGACGUGAGCUGUGACGCAAGUGGCAAUAAUCCCCGGCCAAGGAGCCAGGGACCAGUGGUUCGACGCUAAAUUAGCACAUCAUGAGUUUUCGUGGCUUUGCGCCGUCCCAUGCUUGUAUGGAGGCGCAUGGGGGCCGGCACGCGCCAGCACAGAUACCUACUGGUCGCUUGGGCCCCCGGCACGGCGAGAUGAGCGCACCUUGCACGUGUAAGCGCCUCUGACA